AUGCCCGUGCAAACGAGUCCACCGUCCUUCCCGGACUCAUUUCCAUCAUUCAUGUCCGUCUUUGGCGGUCCUCUACCGCGAUACAAAGACGAGGAAAACACCAUUCAUCCUCUACAAUACCCAACCCAUGUCCCUGUUAACACGCGCUUCCUCCCUUCCCCACAUCGCGAAAGCGUCUCGUCCAUGACGUCUGCCUCAACCGAGUCCUCCCCGACCACGACCAUCUCACCCUUUGACUCGCCCGGUGGGGGUGACAUCUCCCCGAGCUCAUCGCCGGAAUCCCCAUCGGCCAUGUCGGUCUCGUAUCCGAAAUACAUGCCGGCCACCCGGCCCAUGGAGCUCCCUCCCCGAUCAACUGCGCCAGAGCCCCUGUCGCGACCGACCCCUCCGCGUCCAGACUCUCCUGGUCGGCGGGCGCGCAACCUGAAGAAUCUCUCAUUGCGGAUGCCGCCUCCGUCUAUAUCUCGUCCCCCCAUUGCUACUGCCUCGCUGGUGGAAACCUCAUCAAACAAUCUGGCCCCACCAUCACCCCUCCAGAUUCCCCAGAAGAGUUCGAGGCGCCGUCCCGCGAACCUGACCAUCCGUACACCUACAUUUGAUAAGACCUUUUCGAGCGAGGACGUACCUCCGACCCCGUCCUUGCGACAUGCAGAAUCCUCCCCGUCUCUCGCAGCUAUCACAUCCCCAUCAUUCGCCCCAAAGGGGGGUAUGCAGCUCCCACGACCAAUGUCGCAUCAUGGUGUACGUAGCUUCUCCACGCCGAAUGAGGAAAGUGGAAUGGAUGGAUCUGGCUUCUCUCGCCGUGUGCUUCCCGGUUUAGAAGAGGAGGAUGACCACCUCGACUCGCGCGAGUCGACACGCAAAAAGGACCGUGGAUACCCCGACGGACCGAUCCGGAUUUACGAUACCGGCGUUUACCUGUACCUGGAGCCAACAGCCGAGGAAGCAUCCCAGUUCGAUGUGGUUAUCAACGUCGCCAAGGAAGUCAACAACCCCUUCAGUACCGCCAAGGAGGAGCGAAAUGACACAGUGAUGAGCACCUGGCGCAACGCCUCCAUGGCCUCGAAGCGCUUCUCUGGUGAGCCUCAAACUGCGGUCUCUGAGAUCUCCUUCAAGUCUGCCUUUGAAUUCCAGCCUUCAGACUCUGAAUCCGCCACCCCCAUUACAUCAACUCCUACGCAACAACCCGAAUAUCUCCAUGUCAGCUGGGACCACAACUCCGAAAUCCUCGAUGACCUGCUCCCUCUUUGUGAGCUCAUUGAUGACCGUAUCGCUGGUGGAAAGAAGGUCCUCAUCCACUGUCAGCUCGGUGCCAGUCGUUCCGCCUCUCUGAUGAUUGCCUAUGGUCUGUACAAGAACCGACACAUGGAUUUCAACUCCAUGUACGAAGUGGUCAAGGGCCGGAGUCAGUGGGUAGGACCCAACAUGAGUCUCAUCUACCAGCUCACCGACUUCCGAUCGCGGUUGAUGCGUGGAUCGACCUCGAAGCCCCCUCCCCAGGAGUGGUUUGUUCAAACUGGCCGACGAAGCUCGGAGCCUCAGGUUGCCCGAGCCGAACGCCCUGUGACCAACGACAACCGAUCGGCUUUCCGUGGACUAUCCCAGGCACCAUCAAUGAGCUGCCUUUCCAUCCCAGAAACCCCCUCGAUGCGUCCUACCACCAGCGACAGCAGUUACACCAAGUUCAAGUCUUACUCGCCUAAAAGGAGUUUGUCCCCUCGACCUCUUCCUUUCCGACAGAAGUUCCGAUCUGUGGAACCGACAUCAGGUCGGCCGCGAGGACUCCCACGCAGCGUCAGCAGCUGCGACCCUCUUGUUCAAACGCACGUAUUUGUGCGCGACAUGCCCGACCGAAGUGGUGGUCUAUUCUCACCUCGAACAAACGAGUUCCUAUCCCCGCAGCCAAUGGCACCACCAUCCUUCCACAGAAUCGAUCGGUCGGCAGCCCUCUCACCCCCUCCCAUGCCCAGCGCGGUUCAAUUCGCCGCCGAAACGGCCGAUCCCCGCUCGCCUCCAACUGCUGGCGAGCCCCUGAUCAUGAGAUCGAUUGAUGAAUUCCUCUGA